AUGAAGAUAAGAGUAGGUACGUAUUGGUACGAAGCGCCUCAAGGAACAAGACUAACUGUCCAUUAUUUGAGAUGUUUGAUGUUUUUUCCUUCAAAGAAGAAAAGCUCGUUUUUGGAUUUUUACCUCACGGAACUAGUACCUUGGUACCUUGCGGCACCCGUUACUACUGCUAUGGACAUACCUGUAAUGAGUGAAUUAUGA